AUGGCGGAACUACGUAUGAUCGGGAUAGACGUCUCCGUCUCCAAGGAAGAGUUGCGGGACACCUUGGCGUUGGCUGCGGGAUACGGCGGCGCGGAGGUGCAGGUUGGAGAAACUGGGACCACUAGGAACGGUCUCGGCUUGACUUGGGUGCGUUGUCCACCAGUCGGAGCGAGGAAGCUGGCUCAGGCAGGAAAGGUUGCACUGGCAUGGUCCAUUGCUAGGGUCGAAGCCAUCGCGAAGAGGCCCUUGCAGUGCUUUAAAUGCAUGGAUUUAGGGCACGUCAGGGCGACGUGCGUAUCGACGAUAGACCGAUCACACCUAUGUUAUAGGUAUGGCGAAACUGGGCAUCGCGCUAGAGGUUGUACUGCCUCUACACCCAAGUGCCCCCUUUGCGAGUCGCUCGGGCCACAUGCGGCCGACCGGAUGGGAGGAAUGGCAUGCUGCCCGCCGAAGAAGGAAAACAGGAGGAUGCCAUCAACUCGUGACUCUGCCGCGAGGAAGUGCAUAGCAGAUCCAGCGUGCGCCGAAGGAGGUGCCAUGGAUUUGGUGCGAGACCUGAAUGGCUUAAUAGCUGUAGCAUGGACACCGGCGAUAGGCCCCCCUGGCGUCCUGCUUGAUUGUGGCAGCGGUUAUAUCGCCGCCGAGUGGGCUGGAAUGUUGUUAGUGGGCGUCUAUGUUUCCCCUAACAGCGGCCGGCCGCAUUUGAGGACUUUAGAGGACAACCAGAUUUAA